ACAGAAUGCGUUCACCAGCCGAGGAACAUUCAAAUUUCGAGGAGGAUAAUGUAGUAAAGCCUGCGAGUGACGCACACUGGUCUGACGAGUUUUUUUUUACAUACGUCAGGGCAGUUCUUCAGUACGUCCAGUAAAUUCGUUGCCAAGUUUCAGUGAAAACAGGUGGAAUCAGGAAAUACCGAAUUGAAAAUGGCUUCCGGGCGGCAGCUCCAGAGUUUGAUAGAUCAGACAAUUUGUCCAAUUUGUCUGGAUUUCUUCACCGAUCCGGUUACGCUGGGUUGUGGGCACAACUUCUGCCGCACCUGUAUCAUCCAGAGUUGGGAAAACAAGGAGAUAAACUCCUGCCCGGAAUGUAGAGCGGAGUUUCCAGAAAGAACCCUCAGCGUAAAUCGGGCCUUGGCGAAUCUGACCGAGGAGGCUCAAAAAUUAAAGUUUAUUCCGAAAGAAGAGGAAAGUAAAAAUUAUUGUGAGAAACAUCAGGAAGAUCUGAAACUAUUUUGUGAAACCGACAAGAAAUUGAUAUGUCUAAAUUGUAAAAUUUCGCAAGAGCACAAAGGGCACCGCUUCAUCCCGAUUAAACAAGUGUUUGAAAUCUACAAGGAUCAGCUGAAAUCUUCCUUAGAUUCUCUCAUAGAGAAGAAAUCUGCGGUUCUAGAAAAGGAACUGAAUCAGAAACAGAAGAUUUCUGAAGUUAGGGAACAGGCGAGCAGUCUGCAGGCCCACAUCACAUCCGAGUUCACUAAAAUGCACCAGAUUCUCACUGAGAAAGAGCAGCGUUUACUCCGAGAUCUCAGGGAAGACGAGAAGAGGAUUCUAGACACAAUGGAGAAAAAUCUCCUGGAGAUUCAGGACAAAUUAAAUUCAAUUGAGGAGAAACUCUCAAAGAUACAAAAGCAGAUGAAGCAAAAAGACGAAGUGAUAUUUUUGCAGGAAUCAGCUUGUCGGAAAAGAAGGAUUAGUGAUGAGCAUCACCAACUCUCAAAUGCGGAUUUAGUCCUAUCUCUUGGAAAGUAUACCGGGCCUUUACAGUACAUGACAUGGAGAGAAAUGAUAAACGUCAUUCACCCAGUUCCAGCCUCUCUGACUCUGGAUCCGAACACAGCGAAUACCCAGCUCGUCCUGUCUGAGGACCGGACCAGUGUGAGUCUCGGAGACAAACCGCAGCCCCUCCCUGACUCCCCGGAGAGGUUUGAUCCCUGGUUCUGUGUCCUCGGAUCAGAGGGAUUCACAUCAGGGAGACAUUACUGGGAGGUUCAGGUGGGGGAGAAGAUCCGUUGGGCCCUGGGAGUGGCCCGGGAGUCUUUGGAGAGGAAAAGGGGAAUCUACCCAAGCCCGGAAUCCGGUCACUGGAUUGUGAGGCUCAGUCCCGGAAGUGGUUAUUUUGCCGCCACGAUCCCCUCACGAACCCACCUCUCCCCUAGUGUACACCCCAAGAAGAUCGGGGUUUUCCUGGACUAUGAGGAUGGACAGGUGUCAUUUUACAAUGCGAACGACAUGUCCCAUCUUCACACUUUCACCGACACUUUCACUGAGAAGAUCUUUCCCUUCUUCUAUACGGGACCAAACGUUGACGGGAAAAACUCGGGUCCGCUGACAAUCUGCGGGAUUAAAGGCGGUACUGACCAUAAUCCUCCAAUAUUCCUGAGACAUAGGGUGUUUCAUGAAGUCCGGAGGUGGAUUAUGAUGGUGGAUGUGAGCAGAAGGUGGAAAGAUGAGGAGGCAUUUGGGGUCGAGAGGACAGAAAAAACAACACUUGAUAGUAACCAUUCUUUGAGUACUUCAGUGAUAUUCGUAGCGAAAUCGACGAACAGAAUGCGUUCACCAGCGGCGGAACAUCGUAAUGUCGAAGAGGCUAAAGUAGUAGAAUCAGGAAAUACCGAAUUGAAAAUGGCUUCCGGGGGGCAGCUCCAGAGUUUGAUAGAUCAGACAAUUUGUCCAAUUUGUCUGGAUUUCUUCACCGAUCCGGUUACGCUGGGUUGUGGGCACAACUUCUGCCGCACCUGUAUCAUCCAGAGUUGGGAAAACAAGGAGAUAAACUCCUGCCCGGAAUGUAGAGCGGAGUUUCCAGAAAGAACCCUCAGCAUAAAUCGGGCCUUGGCGAAUCUGACCGAGGAGGCUCAAAAAUUAAAGCUUAAUUCGAAAGAGGAGGAAAGUAAAACUUACUGUGAGAAACAUCAGAAAGAUCUGAAACUAUUUUGUGAAACCGACAAGAAAUUGAUAUGUCUGAAUUGUAAAGAUUCGCGAGAACACAGAGAGCACAGCUUCAUCUCGAUUCAACAAGCGUUUGAAAUCUACCAGAAUCAGCUGAAAUCUUCCUUAGAUUCUCUCACAGAGAAGAAAUCUGCGGCUCUAAAAAAGGAACUGAAUCAGAAACGGAAGAUUUCUGAAGUUAGGGAACAGGCGAGCAGUCUGCAGGUCCACAUCACAUCCGAGUUCACUAAAAUGCACCAGAUUCUCACUGAGAAAGAGCAGCGUUUACUCCGAGAUCUCAGGGAAGAAGAGGAGAGGGUUCUAGACACAAUGGAGAACAAUCUUCGGGAGAUUCAGGAAAGUUUAAAUUAUAUUGAGGUGAAACUCUCAAAGAUACAGAAGCAGAUGAAGCAACAAGAUGAAGUGAUAUUUUUGCAGGAAUCAGCUUCUCGGAAAAGAAGGAUUAGUGAUGAACAUCAGCAACUUUCACAUGUGGAUUUAGUCCUAUCUGUUGGAAAGUAUACUGGGCCUUUACAGUACAUAACAUGGAGAGAAAUGAUAAACAUCAUUCACCCAGCUCCAGCCUCUCUGACUCUGGAUCUGAACACAGCGAAUACCCAGCUCGUCCUGUCUGAGGACCGGACCAGUGUGAGUCUCGGAGACAAACCGCAGCCCCUCCCUGACUCACCGGAGAGGUUUGAUCCCUGGUUCUGUGUCUUCGGAUCAGAGGGAUUCACAUCAGGGAGACAUUACUGGGAGGUUCAGGUGGGGGAGAAGAUGCGUUGGGCUUUGGGAGUGGCCCGGGAGUCUGUGGAGAGGAAAAGGGGAAUCUACCCAAGCCCGGAAACCGGUCACUGGAUUGUGAGGCUCAGUCCCGGAAGUGGUUAUUUUGCCGCCGGGUUCCCCUCACGAACCUACCUCUCCCCUAGUGUACACCCCAAGAAGAUCGGAGUUUUCCUGGACUAUGAGGGUGGACUGGUGUCAUUUUAUAAUGCGGACGACAUGUCCCAUCUCCACACUUUCACCGACACUUUCACUGAGAAGAUCUUUCCCUUCUUCUAUACGGGACCAAACGUUGACGAGAAAAACUCGGGUCCGCUGACAAUAUGCGGGAUUAAAGAGCAUUGACAGAUCCAUCCCAUAAUUUCACCCCGUCCCCCUACCUCCUGCCAACUGAUGGGGGGAGGUCUCAGUCACAGGUGGAGAGAACAUUCUCGAAAUGGGAUUCUUCAACAAAAAAUUUUCAGAGAACCAAGGGAUUUGUUCUUUAAAACUGAAUUGACAUCUGAAUUAAACCCAAGAAGCAUAAACUCAACACAUAUUUUUGUUUUGCUGGGUAUUACUGCGCAGCUUUUAUUUGUAUGUGAUACAUUCCAAAUUAAUGGCAGGUUUUAAGUCACGUUGAAAGAGGAAACUGUCUUGAACGUCUACAUGGGGCAAGACUGUAAUGAAGACUGAUUUGACAAUCUCUGGAGAAUGUGAUAACACAGCGUGGAGUUGGAGGAACACAGCAGGUCAGGCAGCAUCAUAGGACCACGAAAGCUGACGUUUCGGUGGUGACCCUUGACCCGAAACGACUGCUUUCCUGUUCCUCUGAUGCUGCCUGGCCUGAGGUGUUCCUCUAGCUGCACACUGUGUUAUAUCAGACUCCAGCAUCGGCAGUUCUUACUAUCUCCAGAGAAUGUGACUUGUGGACUGUGCGGGUGGCAAAUGUCAUUAAUAAAUAAUGUCUAACUACAUAAAUCGAGUUCCCUUAGUGUACACCAGAGUGUUAGUAGAAUUAGAGUUACAAUUUGUCUCUGGUUUAUUGAUCUGUCAAUCACUGUCUACAUCAGUGAAGUUGUCCGAAAAUCAUGACGUAAUUAUCUAUGCUAUUAAAUCUGAUAUUGAAACACA